GUACGUGGGCGAGCAAGGCCUCACCCCAGCUGUGCUUGAGCACAGCCCUCAGUCUACUGCUGUCACCCCAGCUGCUUGCGUCGAACACCACAGCAGUCCAGGCUUCCGCAGCAAUGAGUUGGUGGAGGGACAAUUUCUGGAUCCUCUUGGCUGUGGCCAUUAUCGUUGUCUCCUUGGUCCUGGGUCUCAUCCUGUACUGUGUCUGCAGGAGGCAGUUUAGACAAGGCAAGAAUUGGUCAAUUGCCAAGCCCUGGAAACCUAAUGGGAGAGACGAAGAGAAGAUGUAUGAGAAUGUUCUUAAUCCAUCACCAGGGCAGUUACCUGCUCUGCCACCCAGGGGUUCACCUUUUCUAGGAGACCCUGCCCCACAGGAAGUGCCAAGUCAACCACUAGCUUGGUACUCAUCAGUGAGGAAAGUUAGAAACAAGAAGGUCUUUUCCAUCUCGGGCUCCGAAAACGACUACGACGAUGUUGAGAUCCCAGCAGGCGCUGAAAACCAGCAAUCUAAAACAAACACACCUUCUUGGCAAGCGGAAAAGGGCUUACACAGCUCAUUUUAGAACAAUCUAGAAUGGGUGGACUGUAACACCACAGGCACUUCCCAAACCCCAGAGGAAGCCACCUACGUAGGAGCUACAGCAGAGGACAGGACAGUUUGACGUUCCCGAUGCUUCAAAUGCCCUGAUGUCCCAGAUGUUCCUGCUGCUCCAGAUGUUCCUGGUGUUUCUGAUACUCCAGAAGCUCUGGCCUGAGACUCAGAGGGCUAGCCCUUGCACUUCUUUGGAGGCUGUUUCCUUAGUGUGGGCCACAGGGCCUGUGAGCAUUGACUCAUUUUUCCACAUCCCUCUUUGUUCCCUUGGUAAAUGUGGGUCUGAGGGAUCUUAAGUCCUUUGAUUGUGUGGACCUCCCAACUACCCUCCCUAUCUAGACCAUGGCUUGGAUGCCUGCCUCCCUCCUUUCAGGCCCUACCCAUUCCUGCACCUCUUAGAGGCUGUGGCUUGUCAUUAUAGCUGAGGGUUCUUGAGGUACGCAGGUCACCACACUCUGAGAGUCUGGAAGGAAAGGAAGUGUGUUUUGUUCUUGUGAAGCACCCCACCCACUCACACUCCAACCCCCAGUACCUUCACAGAAUGUGGACCAAACUCAUCAAAGAGAAUGGAGCUCUUACAGAAGCCUAUUUCGUGUGCUUCUGGACAGUAUUUUUAACAGUCAACCAAGGACACAAGUGGCCUUCUGACUUCCACCGCCAGCCAGGAAAAGAAGGCUUCCCCAAAGAGUCUUCAGACAGCACCAGCCGGAAGCAGCUUAUUCUAUAACUUUCAUUAUUACAUCUCUGAGUCUAUAUUGCUGUCCCUUCCAUCCCUAUCUUUCCUGGGGUGUUAUCUCUCACCUUCCUCUAAGCGUUCCCAAGUGACGUCACCAGCAUCCGCAGGACUCAGCGCCUCCUCUGCCCUAAGGACUCCCCACUGCAGGCCCCAGCUGAGCACUCACUACAGUUCCAGGCUGCAUAGCCUGCAGCUAUGUCUGUCUAUCCCACAGGACCCUCAAGUCCAGCACAUUCCAUGGAGACAUACUCCCUAGCCCAGGCUUCUUAUGCUGGGUUACUUUCUCCAUGGCUGAGGGCAGAAAUUAGCACCCUUUUCCACAUCCUUUGUUGCCAGCGUUCCCCACUUCCUGUUGACUAAGCUGUUCCAUCGCCACUCUGAAGCAGCCUGGGCCAGCACUUCCCAAAGAGAACUUUAAGAGCUUCUACUCAGUAUCCUGCCUCUGGUGUCUCACACUCCAAAACCCUGCCUGGCAGCUGGUGAUUUUCUUAA